AUGUCCCCACACUGGCUUGUUUAUGGGAAAGCAUGUCAUAUUCCGGUUAAACUAGAACAGAAGACCUACUGGGUAGUAAAGAUGUGCAAUAUGGACCUAGAGGAAUCUGGUCUGGAAAGGAAGUUGCAGUUACAGGAACUAGAAGAGAUGCGGUUGGAUGCUUAUGAGACCCGAUUUGUGCUCAAACCAAGAAAGUUUAAAACUCGUUGGGAUGGGCCAUAUAGAGUCACCAAAGUGCAUGACUUCGGGAUGGUAGAGCUACUUGAUGAGGCUGGUGGAUCAAAAUUCAAAGUCAACGGAAACCUUCUCAAGCUCUACCACGAUAGUACAAAACCUCCAUGA